GCCCGAGUCAAGUUUCCCAGGUUAAGUUUUCGUUGAAUAAAUACACACUUUGACUAAUCAUCUCCGACGCUUCAAAUAUUACGCCAUCGAAACAAGACGUCUUGACGAUUACGCUGUUGUUGGCUGCGAUAAACAUACCCGUAUCUUGCGUAGGCAGCUCACCACUCGAACAAAUCUUUUCUAGCGGCAAUUCUUAUAACCCCUUUGAAAUGGAUGACCCAGUCAAGGAGAUUGAAGACGUUGUUCGUUCCAUUACAGAACCUUAUGAAGCAAGUGUCAUUGCAGACAACAUUGAGAAGUACUUCACUCGCGAUGCCCAGAUUUUUCACCCAUUUAUCAAUCAGCCAUACAGCAAAGACAAUGGAAGGGAGGAUUUGAAGGGGAUAUACAAGAUACUUCGGGUCCAAACUAUCGACAAUAAGAUCGACUUCCACGCUGUUAUGUUCAAUGAGGACAAGACUCAGGGUACCAUUGAAUUGACCGAACAUGUCUGCAUGAGAAUGAACCCGUUGUCUCGAUUGAGACCCUCUCGGGCGUCGGUGCGAUUCCUCGUGCGCAUUGACCUGAAGAAAUGCGAGGACGGAAAGUAUCGCAUCUAUAGGCAAGAAGAUAAUUUUCCCUCCGAUCUUACACAGUCAGGCUUUGCUGCAGCCAUUCCUGGCAUGGGAACUUUGAAUACGAUAAUCAAGAGCACAGCUGGAUAUGCAACAGCCAAGUUAGGAAGAUUUUUUCUAGCUUAUGGUUGGUUUGGUCCAUGA